AUGGCCUGGGGUCUCGACACGACGCCGACGCCGGCACGGGCACCUAUCGCUGCUACCUCGGCUACUACUGCAUCUUCUGCUUCUACAUCCGCACCGUCUUUUUCUUCUGCCGUAGCAGUUCUGAGUCCCGCGCCUGAGUCCACUGAGUCUAUCAACAUCUUUGAAGGUGUGACGCCUGUGACGAGUGUGGCACUGGAGGGCGUGGCGCUGCUGCAGAUCAUCAAGCAUUGUCAUGAUAGUCUUCCAGGUGGAGUAGCUGGAUCGUUGUUAGGUAUGGACAAUGAGCACGUACUGGAGGUGACCAACAGCUUCCCGUCGCCUCCCAGCAGUGAGCGUAAGAAGAGCGCCGACGAGUACCAACUGGAUAUGAUGAAGAGUCUGCGAGAAGUGGGCAUGGACAAUAACAAGGUGGGCUGGUACCAGUCAGUGACAAUGGGUACCUUUUGUACGGCCUCAUUCAUCGAGCAUCAGUAUCAGUAUCAGAAAUCUCUUGGUCCAAACGCCAUCUGUCUCAUCUACGAUUCGGCUGAGACUUGCAAGGGCUCACUUAGUCUUCGUGCGGUUCGUCUUACUAAGGCUUUUGUGGAUACGUAUAAGAGUAGCGCUUUCACUAAGGAGAGUUUUGCUAAGACUGACAUCCGCUCGGCUACGGUAGUGGAGGAAAUCCCUAUUGAGAUCCACAACUCGGACAUUAUCACAUGCUGGCUAGAGCAGACGAAGGACAGUGUCUCGGCAAACAGCUUUGAAAGGCUGGACUUAGCUACUAAUGCUUAUUUGGAGAGCAGUUUGAAGAACAUGUCGCUUUGGGCUGACGAGCUCGCACAGGAGCAUUACAAAUUCCAGGGCUAUGAGCGCGCAUUAUCGAAGCAGCGCGCUGCCUACCAGCAGUGGCAGAAUAGACAACGUGAAGAGAACAAGAUUCGUCGAGAGAACGGCGAGGAGCCAUUGCCUGAAGAGGAUUCUAACUUUUUCAAGUCAGUGAACCAGCCCUCGCGUCUCGAGUCGCUCCUUAUCACCAAGCAGAUGAACACGUACUGUGAGCACAUCAACCGUUAUGCCGGAAAGUCCUUCCAGAAGCUGUUUUUGGCUGCUAAGAUUCACCAGAGCGAGUGA